AUGAAAAAAGAAAGCAUAAACACAACCCCUACUAAGUUCCUCAUAACCCUCAAGAGAGACCCAUCUACUAAGCUCUACGCUUUAGAUUCAGUCUCAGCCCCCAAAUCUACCUCUAAAUCUGGUCUCUAGUCAUCAAACUCAAAGUCUAAAACUCUCAAGAGAACUCACACUCAAAUGGCGGGAGGACCUGGACUCACGGAUUCAGAAAAUCUUAAAAAUCAGCCCUAAUCUCUUGAGAUUGUACCACCUAAGUCAAAGAGACAACAAUCCAUGCAAAAAGACAGCUCAGGAGCAAAAGGGGGUGAACAGUUUAGAGACCAAGACUCUGAAAGAAGAGGUAGCAUUGAUCAGUCCUCAAAUUUGGAUCCAAAGGAUGAGCUCGAACUAGCUGGAGUUGAAAACGAAAAUGAGGAGAGUCAAACCAAGAUAGAUGAAAAUGAGAUGGAAUACUCUAAGACUUCAUUCAUCAUACCCAGCUGCAGUGCCUGGUUCAACAUUGAUAAGAUUCAUGAGAUCGAGAUGCAGAGUCUGCCUGAGUUCUUCUGUGGAAAGUUUCCUCACAAAAAUCCAGCCACUUAUAUGGAUUAGAGAAACUUCAUAAUCAAACUCUAUAGAGAAGCCCCAAAUUCCUAUUUGUCCGCCACUGUUUGUAGAAAAAACCUUCCAAGUGAUGUAUGCAGUAUAAUCAGAUUACAUGCAUUCUUAGAGCACUGGGGACUCAUUAACUUCAAUGUUGACCCUUAACUCAAACCAGCAAAGAUCUAAUUAGGUGCUAGUGGUAACAUAAACAACAGCCUUAUUGAUGUUGCUGCUAAGGGCUACCUUAAAAUGACCGAAGCAGAAUAGAUAUCUCAAUUCUUUCAGAAAGAGGAGCAGCACGUAACUACCAAUCCAUCUCAGAAUAUUUACCUAAUUGCAGCGAGAAAGAUAAACAUUCUCUCAAGUCACAAGAGUCCAGCAUGCAACUUCUGUGGAAAUAUCUGUGGGCCUUAUUGGUAUAAAAAGAAAGCCAAUAUCAAUACUCAUAACUUUAGAGAGGAGAUCGCUUUGAAAGCAAUGGGUGAACUAGACUCACUUCAUCAGACUCUGAAGAACCUUAGCUCUACUUAUUUGAUUUGCAAGGAGUGCUUCGGUCUUGGCAACUUCCCAAGAAUCCUCACUUAAUUUGACUUCGAAAAGUACAGUAUUGAAUCUAUACUAAAAAAUCCAGAAUUUUAAGUAAAGCUUAAUAUUCAAAGAGAAGAUGAUAGCUAUAGUCAGUAGAUCGAACAACCUUAAGAAUGGACUGUAGAAGAUAGAGAGAGACUUGUUGAAGGAGUGUCAUUAUAUGAUAAUGAUUGGGAGAUGAUAGCUAAAAAGCAGUUUCAAAGCAUGUUUAGCCCACAAGAAUGCGCUUUCUAAUUUAUCAGUUUGCCUAUAAGUGAAUCCUUGCUAAUCAAAUUCUAAAAUGCAAGCCUCAAGAAAAAUGAAGAAGUCCUAUAAACUUAUGUCCCCACAGUGUUCCAAGACUGUUCGAAUCCAUUGCUAUCACAACUGGCUAUUUUCGCAAAGAGUCUUGAAUACAUUGACAAGAUACCAACCUAGGCUUAGCUUGAACAAGAAAAGAAGUCUACGAUUGAGUUAGAUCUAAUAAAAACAGAGCAUAUAUAAUAAGAGACAUCACAGCCACAUUAGUAAGAGCCAGAAAGGAGAACUACCAGAAAGCAGUAAGCAGCUAAAAAGAAAGAACAAUAGCAAGUGAACCAGCAAACUAAUCAAAAGGUCCACGAAGAUCUCGGAGAUCUGUAUCUAAUUCCACAUUCCAAGAGUCAAGCCUGCAUGACUAAGGAAGUUCUUUAAAAGAUCUGUGAAACUGCCAAGGAAAAAUCUAAAAGACUUGCAAAGUAAAAGAGAAAAGAGAUUGAAGGUUAACUCAACUUAGCCAUCUAUUACUAACAGUAAAAACUAGAAUAGAAAGCAAAGUUCUUAAGAGAUUUCUGGAAGAUAUUUGAAGUAGAGCAGAAUGACCUCGCUUUGAUUAAGGAGGAGAGUUUAGCAGAGAGAGUCGCAUUAUCCGUUCUCAAGAGUGGUGAGAUCAAGGGUACUCAGGCAGAGAGAAUAUUGGCAAGCAAUGAAUUUACUGCCAGCAAUCAGUAGAUAAGAUAGCUAAAUUGA